AAACCAGUCAGGGCGAUGUUACCCGUCAACCAUUUGAUAUCCAGCUGGAAUAGAAACAUCUGGAACUACAUCUGACGGGAUCCUGCACCGUGAAUUUCAGAUCACUUUGAGUCCACUUCAGCAGAAACAUGACAACCCAGCCCACCCCGCCAUCGGUCUUGAGAGAGUUCUGCCCGCUCUAUUACCUGCUGAAUGCAAUCCCAGCCAAGGUCCAGCGUGGGUUCAGGUCUGUCCUGGUCUACCUGACAGCUCUGGACAGCAGCAGUGACUUCCUGGCAGUGGGCAGCAGCAUCGGCAUGCUCUACCUGUACUGUCGCCGCCUGGCACACAUGAACAAGUACAGUCUGGAGGGAAAGUAUGAUGCGAUCACAGCUGUGAAGCUGCUCAGCUGUUUUGAUGAUCUGGUUGCCGUGGGAACAGCUUCAGGUCGGGUUGCAGUCUUCCACCUGGUGUCUCCACUUCCAGGACGCAACAAACAGUUGAGGCGUUUCGAUGUGGUCGGGCUUCACAAAGGUUCGGUGACGUCGUUGGCGUGGAGCACCAACGGGAUGAAACUGUUCUCUGGAGACGAUAAAGGACGAGUCGUCUUCACAGCUCUGGAUCUGGACCAGGGUGUGUGUAAACCUGUGCUGCUAUUAGAGGAGUCCUCAGGUGUGGUCCAGAUGGAGUACAGUCACCAGGUGCUGCUGGUCUCAACACAGCAGAGAUCUCUGCUCUACUGCACACAGACACAGGAAGUCCAGCAGCUGGGCACCAAGCCCCGCAAGAGCAGUGGGAGGUUCGGGGCCUGCUUCCUGCCAGCUCUGUGUAAACAGAGUGAUCUUCAGGUGUUUGCUGCUCGACCUGGACUCAGACUGUGGAGGUCUGACGUCAGAGGACAGGUGGAGGACACCCGGCUGCUCAAACCACUCUUCAACACACAGGUUCCUCAGUUUGAGUUGUUUCCUCGUCCUGGUCCAACUGGUGCGUUCCGUCCAGCAGACAGACAGCUGGGUCUGCUCUGCUGUUUCCUCAGAGAGGGCUGGAUCCUCAGCUGGAACGAAUACAGCCUCUACGUCUUGGACUGUGUCAGUGAGGUGAUAAUCGGAGCCUUGGAGAGCAGUGGAGACAUCGUAUCAGUGUCGUGUUGUGACAACGAGAUCUUUAUCCUGAAAGGAGACAGAGACAUCAUCCGCCUCUCCAACAGCCCAGAGGGACUGGCCUCCAACUUGUCGGAGCUCUCCAUCCGUCUGUCCUCACCUUUGACCGCGCCCACCAUCCUCCCACCAACCGGAUCAGUAGAAACAGCUCAGCCAAUCAGAACCAUGGCCAUCAUUGUAGAGGGUGGGGGGAGGGAGGAGAGAGGAGGAGGAGGGAAGGGACUCAGUGAUGAGGGAGAGAAAGAGGAAGCGGAGGAAGUGGAGGAGGCAGAGGAGCAGGAGGAGCAGCUGGAGGUGAUGGAGCAACUCUGCCAGCGGUCUGGUUUGCUCACCAGCAGCUCUCGUAGUCGAAGCAGCUCAGUCACUUCCUGGGACAGUCUCCAAGGAAAUGCCCCGAUGACCACAUUCUGUGAGCUCAGCUCUAGACGCUACAGCGCCCCCCUGGGUCAGGAGGAGAUGCAACAGGAGCUGGUGGUGAAAGCUGUCAGAGUGAAGAAAAAGAAGAGGAGACGACAAGACAGCAGCAGUGUGACCCGUCUCUCUGAGAGCAGCUGCUCAGACUCCAUGUUUGUAGUCCAGGACGGCAGCUGUAGUGAUGGAGGAAGUGGAACUCCUCUGAGCGACCGAGCCUCCCUCAUUGGGCUGGACCUUCAGAACCAGGAGUCUCCAGAGCAGGACCAGGAUUCACAGGAAGGGGGAGGAGGAGGUUCAGACGGAGGUGUAAAGGAUGGAGAGGACAUGGAGUCUGGCUCCCUCCUCCCUCCAGUAUCCUUGUUCCUCCAGGGUCUUGAGAACAAACAGAUCCCAGGAAAGUCAUCUGGUCCAGAGGAAGUCGUCCCUCCAACCCCUGAUGUAGAUCUGCUGCUGGAGUGCACCUUCUCCUACAUGCACAACACUGAGGAAGAUGAUGGACAGGAGCAGCAGCCAAUGAAGGAGCAAGAGAACGAGUUUCUGAGCCCUCUGAUUGGACCGGAGGAGGAGGAGGAGGACGACAACCUGGUGCCCCCUGCUCGUCUGGCAGACCAGAUGUUUUUCUCCACCGUGUCCUCUCUGGACAAAGAACCUAGUAUGUCCAGUGAUGAAGAGGGAGACAUCUACUGUCACACUCUGCCUGCUGCGGGAGGGGGAGGGGAUGUCCACACCUGUCCAUCCAAUCAGGGAGAGACAACAACAGACAGACAGAAGGACCAGGACCCUCAGGACAGAGACAGACACAAAACAGACCAGUUGGCAGAGAGCUGGAUGGGGUACUCAGGACCCGGAUGUGGAAUACUGAGCCUGCAGGUGACUGACAGGUAUGUCUGGUGUCUGGACUUCAAAGGGGGACUGUUCUGCAGUGCUCUACCUGAAACUGGACUCAGUUGGCAGCGCUUUGAAGACAAUGUCCACCAGGUGGCAUUAUCACCUUCAGGUAACCUGCUGUGGAAGGUGGAGCAGAAGAGCAUGACGGCGUUUGCUUGUGCCAAAGUGUCGGUUAAAGGAAAACGUCAUUGGUACAAAGCUGUGGAGCAAACGGCCUUCGUUGCUCUGAGUGACGACUCCGCAUGGAUCAUCAGGACCAACGGUGACCUCUACCUGCAGACAGGUUUGAGCGUGGAGCGUCCCUGCGCCCGCUCAGUGAAGGUGGACUCGCCCUGUGUGUUCAGCCAGGUGUGUGUGAGAGGGGGUGUGGUCUGGGCUCUGAGCGAACACAAGGCUUUGUUCUACAGAGAAGGACUGAACAGCUACUGCAGCGAGGGAGAGGGCUGGAAGUACGACACCGUCAGUGAGGCUCAGGGUCUGGAGCUGAUGUGCGUCACCCUGGGAGACGGAGGGACGGCCUGGGCUCUGGACGCCAGCGGCAGCCUGUGGUUCAGGACCGGGAUCUGUUCGUCCAGACCACAGGGAGAGGACGACCACUGGUGGCAGAUCAGUAUUUCGGACUAUGUGGUCUUCGAUCAGGGUAGUCUGUUCCAGACGCUGCUGCAGGCAACGCAGAGUGUUGCCACAGUAACGAGGGCGCCAGUGGAGCGUGUGGUGGCCUUCCUGUCUCAGUACUCGCAGUGCCAGCCUAGCCUAGUCAGCGCCAACACCAGCGGAGUCUGGGUCGCAUCUGGACGGAACCAGCUGCACCUGGCCCGUGGCAGCCUCGUGGGAACUUUCUGGCAGAACGUCGUUCCAAGAGGAACCGUCUCAGCCACCAGGUGGACCUUCAUCACAUCUUCAGCUGUGCCUCAUAGAGAAGGUACAUUCCUGUGGUUGGCUCAGAGCAGGAAGGAUCUGUUUUGUGUUUGGGAUCAGGAUGGGGAGCUCCGCCCCUCCUCUGUACCUUUGCCACCUGAGGUGGAGAUGACUCACCUGUCUGCAUGCCGUGACGCUCUGUGGGGUUUGGACACUCAUGGUCGAGUCAGUAUUCGUACACUGUCUCCUUCCUGUCCCACUGGACUGCACUGGACCCUCCUGGACCUCAGCCAGCUUGGAAGUGUUCGUCUGGUCAGUGUGAGCUGUGGCAGCCAGAACGUCUGGGCUGUCGACGGGCGGGGAGUUGUUUACUUCAGGGUCGGAACCCAACCACUGAACCCGAGCAUGAUGCUGCCAGCCUGGAUCCACAUAGAACCACCUGUACAGCCAAUAGGAGUGCAGCUGGUCAGUAUUCAGACGAGUCCUAACGAUCAUCUCCUCUGGGCAUUGGACAACAGAGGAACUGUCUUCGUCAGAACUGGACUCAGUGAUGAGAUGCCUGUAGGGACAGACUGGGAGCUAGUGCCAGGGUUAGCAGUCAGUCAGCUGGUCCUCAGCUGUCGAACUGUCUGGGUUCGAUGUGUAAACGGAGAUUUGGCUCGAAGAUAUGGAGUCUGUGAACGAAACCCAGCAGGAGACUACUGGAAGAAGAUCCCUGGAACCGCCAACUGGUUAACUGUGACUCCGGAGGACGAGUUGUGGGCGGUGACUCUGAUUGGUGGAUUGUCCCGUCGGCUUACGAAGCUCCUCCCACAGACUCCCUGUAAACCCUCCUCCUCAGGACCUGUCCUGAGCGGGGACGAUGUAGAUGACGAAUGGGAGCUCAUCUGAUCUGUGACAUCACUGUGAUGUCACCUCUGGUUUGUGUUGAUCCACCUGAACUGGAUUUAGCUAAUGGAACACUGUGACAUCACAGUGACAUCACUUCACAUGACUUUAAAGUUUAAACAAGAUGACCGUCACAGAGAGUCCAGGUGGCUGCCGGGAAAUUAAGUGAACUCAGUUUUAUUCUUUUACUGUAACAGAAAGCACUUUAACUAUGGGGGGGUGCACUAACACCUACUACAGUUUCUACUCUUUGGAACUGGCCCCCCUUUCAUUCUAAUCCUGUUCAGUCUCGUUCUACUGUAGAAUGUUGAAGGGACAUUUCACUCCAGUGGUCAGACUGGUCCUCUCUGGUUCAGACUAGUGUCAGGGAUCAGAGUUUGCAUGAUGCUGUGAUAUUAAAGGGACCUUUCAUAUUACUGGACUGGACUUGAUGGGGGUGUGGACAGGGUGAAGUGGGGGGUCAUUAACUCAGUUUUUACUUGGUGUAAUUUUUCUGUGGAGAUCAGACUGGUUUAAACUGGUUUCCCACACUGACUCUGACUGGUCUGACCAGUCUGACAGGGGCCAAACUGGAUCAGACUGAACCAUCAGACUCAGAAUUUAACGUGUUGGUUUACAUUUCUGCUGUCUGAUUGAAGUUACUGGUUUUCCUCCUAGGGGCAAUGUUGCCUCAGGUAGUUGUCCACCUGUCUCUGUCUCAGUUACCAUGGUAACAGGCAGGACUGCCAAAAACCGGGACUGAUUCAUGAAAAACAUGUAAAAAUGUAAAUUUAAUAAACGUUUGUUUGUUGUUUAGAGAAAUGAGAUCUAAAACAAAACCUGUGGAGGACUGUGGACCUGCAGCAAGGUUCAGGUCUGAGGCCUGAACUGGAUCUAUAGUUAAACCCUAAAAAACACGGAUCGCCAUGGAAACCUGAGCAGGUGUGACUCUGUUGUGAUGUCAUUCUGCUGUCAGCUGAUUGGUUGGGUGUUCUACUGCUGACCAAUAAGAAUUCAGUGUGAAGUCACCUAUUGUGUGAUGUCAUUCAUUAACUUAA